AUGGCCACUCCUGAAAUCCAACAUUUAGCCCUGAAUGCCACAUUCAAGGGCAUCCAGCGUGAUCAAAAUGUGCCCGUUCAUCAAUUCCUGGGUAUAAAAUAUGCCAGUGUGCCGGCACGGUUCGAGAAAGCCGAGCCUGUGCGCCAAUUCAAUGGAGCCGUUGUUGAUGCCUCGAAAUAUGGUCCGAUCUGUCCUCAACCAGAUGUGGAUGUCCGCCAUCUACUCCGUAUCCCAGAAGACUUUCACAUUGCCCCGGAAGCAGAGGACGAAUUCGAAUGUCUGAAUCUAGAGAUUACAUGUCCUCCCAAGUCUGACGUGACUGGCCCUCUUCCUGUUCUCGUCUGGAUCCAUGGCGGCUCUCAGAUUGUCACAUUCUGCUCUGCUGCCUCUAAGAUUUGUGACCCGACCAAGAUUGUCGCAGAUUCUAUCGAGGCAGGAAAGCCUAUGAUCUUUAUAUCGAUCAAUUACCGCCUAAAUAUCUUCAGUUUUGGAGAUGGUAAAGAAAAGAAUCUGGCCCUGAAAGAUCAGCGUUUGGGUAUUGAGUGGGUGCGACAGAAUAUCGCUGAUUUUGGGGGUGAUCCGGAAAAUAUUACCCUUUCUGGCGAAAGUGCCGGCGCUAUCUAUACCCAUGCUCAUCUCAUUACUGGCCCUCCUGUGAAAAGAGCCGUGAUGGCGUCUGGAACUCUUUAUUUGUCCUCACCACUACCAGUCGAAAAGGGACAUGGCCUUAUUAAAGUACUAGAGGCAAAGGUACGGGAGCUCGGUCAAACUUCACUGCGCGAAUCCUCCGUUAUUGUACUAGUUCAAGCACUGAAAGAGUGCAAUGUGAAUACAAUGUGGAUCCAAGAGGAGCUUGAGCUGGAAGGGUGGGAGACCAAGCCUGAGCAGGUUGAAGAGGUGAUGAUUGGUGAUGUUGAGUACGAGUCUGUUAUUUGGCGAAACGGCGUCGAACUCCUCGACGGGGAGACGAUCGCAGCUGCAUUCGACAGCGAUAAGCAAUGGGGUACCCAGCUUCGAAAAAUGUAUCAAGUUGUCGGCGAUCGCCCAACUGCUGCGAAGCUGGGAGCUCUAGAUCUCGUCAAUGAUAUUCGGUAUACGCUUCCCGUCGAGGUCGUUACCGACAAGUUACGCGCGGCCAACAAGCGUGUCUUCCGAUAUGUGAUAGAUCAGUCUAAUCCCUGGCAGCCAUCAAGUCGAGCACACCAUGCGGUUGAUCUGCUAUUCCUCUUCGACGGCGUUGAUCUAUCGUUCAAUCCUGCGGCUAGCGUUGUUGGGAAGGAGAUGCGGCAGCGUUGGAUUCGGUUUGUCAAUGGUGAUGAACCUUGGUCUGCCGACCUGAGAUUUGCUUUUGGACCUGUGGGUGAGUGCAAGGAGAUUGAUGAGUCGCAGGUCGCUGCUCGGCGAAGACUUGAGCAUUGCAAGGUGCUUAAGGAAGUAGGACCAGGCGCGUAUAUGCCUAUUGUCUUUGCAUUGACUGCAGGGAGAAUUAGUCUGCUAAAUUAG